AUGAUGGGUUUGUUCGGGAAAAAGAAAGACCCAAAGGAAGAGGUUCGAGAGCUUCAACGCAAAAUGCGACAAGAGAUGCGGUCGUUGGACCGUCAAGUUUAUUCGAUCCAACGUGAAGAACAGAAAGUAACAAAAGAAAUUAAGGAAGCUGCUAAGAAGGGAGAUAAAGAUGUAUGCCUAAUUCUGGCAAAAUCGAUGAUUCAAUCAAGAAAGGCCAUCAGUAAAAUCCAUGUUUCAAAAGCUCAAAUCAACUCGGUUAUCAUGUGCAUGCAGGAGCAACUUGCAACAAUAAGAAUGGCUGGAUCUCUACAAAAAUCAACGGAAGUAAUGAAGAGUAUGCAGCAACUUGUAAAGGUUCCCGAAAUCAUGAAAACGAUGCGAGAGAUGUCUGCAGAAAUGAUGAAACUUGGAAUUAUCGAAGAAAUGAUCGAAGAAACAUUGGAGAGUGUCGAACCAGCUGGUCUAGAAGAAAAGGCUCAAGAAGAAGUGGAGAAUAUCCUCUGGGAAGUGACUCAAGGAGAACUUGGAAAAGCUCCUCUCGCAGUCAAAUCGAAUAUCGGAGGAGUUGUUACUCCUGCGGUGGAAGAUUUUGAAGGAAUGGCUCAAAGACUUGCCGAGCUCCGUGAUUGAGCAUUUUCUCCCCAUUUUGUGAUCCACAGAUUCAUCUUACUGUAAUAUACGGAACCCUUACUCGAUUUUAUUAUCCGCCAAACGCCAAUGUAUUAUACUAUACAAAACAAUAAAUCCCACUCGCUUUCUCA